GCAUGUAAAGAGCGAGGGAGGCGCGCGCGCGUGUGUGUGAGUGUGUGAGCGAUCGAGCGAGCUAGCUGGCGGGCAGGGCCAUGCGGCGUGCGCUGGCGGCGUGGUGCGCGGCGGCGGCGCUGUGCGCGGCGGCGAGCGCCUUCGUGCUGGAGGGCUCGCAGACGUCGUACGCGCAGUUCCGCAAGUGGAACGCCGGCCUCAACGGCACGCUGGAGCUGGAGUUCAAGACGGACCAGCCGAACGGCCUGCUGCUGUACACGGACGACGGCGGCACCUACGACUUCUUCGAGAUCAAGCUGGUGGAGGGCGCGCUGCGGCUGCGCUACAACCUGGGCGGCGGCGCGCAGAUCCUGACGGUGGGCCGCGACCUCAACGACGGCCACUGGCACAAGGUGGCGGUGCGCCGCAGCGGCGAGCUCACCUCGCUCACCGUGGACGGCGCCACGCAGGCGCGCGCCUCGCGCGGCUCCGACUUCCGCUUCGGGUCGCUCGAGUCCAACUCGGACGUCUUCAUCGGCGGCAUGCCCGCCUGGUACAGCUCCAAGCUGACGCUGCUCGCGCUGCCCAGCGUCAUCUUCGAGCCGCGCUUCGGCGGGGCCGUGCGCAACCUGGUGUACGCCGACGAGGAGGCGACGGCGCCGCGCCGCCAGGAGAUGAAGAUGAAGGACUUCAAGUGCGGCGGCUUCCACUGCGCAGGCGCGCCGGGCCGCUCGGCCAGGGGCAUCCGCGGGAACCUGACGGACGCGUGCGAGGAGCACGACCCCUGCCAGCACGGCGGCAUCUGCAUCUCCACCGACAGCGGGCCCAUCUGCGAGUGCCGCAACGUCGACUUCGAGGGCAUCUUUUGCGAGAAAGACAAGGCGCCGUCCGAGGCGACGUUCCGGGGCGCCGAGUUCCUCUCGUACGACCUGAGCCGCACCGGCGGCGAGCCCAUCGUCAGCAACCAGGACGCCAUCUCGCUCGUCUUCAAGACGCGCCAGCCCAGCGGACUGCUCUUCUACACAGGGGACAAGGGCGACUUCAUGAACGUGGCGCUGAAGGACGGCGGCGUGGUGCUGGCCAUGAGCCUGGGCAACGGCCGCACCGAGCUGGCCAUCAAGCCGCGCCGCGUGCGCUUCGACGACAACCAGUGGCACAAGCUGACCGUGCACCGCAAGAUGCAGGAGAUUUCUUCAGGCACUAGCUUCUGCAGGGUGACGGCGGUCGUGGACGGCGUGUACGCCGAGAACGCGUACCUGGCCGUCACCAACACCAUGCUGUCCUCGAGCCGCGUCUACGUGGGCGGCAGCUACAACACGCACGCGCUGCCGGGCUCCAAGGUGCGCUACAACUUCGUCGGCUGCCUCAGGAAGGUGGAGUUCACGGCGGACACGCUCAAGCUGAACCUGAUCGACCUGGGCCGGCGCGACAGCAAGCUGAUCGCCGUCGUCGGCCACGUCGACUUCAUGUGCCAGGAGGUGGAGGCGGCCGACCCGGUCACCUUCACCACCAGCGACUCCAACCUCGUGCUGCCCUCGCUGGAGUCGUCGCGGUCCAGCUCCAUCUCGUUCAAGAUCCGCACCAACGAGCCCAACGGCCUCAUCCUGUACAGCAGCGGGGCCAGCGCGCCGCACGCGGACUACCUGGCGUUCGAGCUGCUGAGCGGCCACCUGUACCUGCACCUGGACCUGGGCUCGGGGGCGGCGCGCGUCAAGGCGACGACCCGCCGCGUCGACGACGGCGCCUGGCACGAGGCGACGCUCAAGCGCUCCGGGCUGGAGGGCCGCGUCACCGUCGACGGCACCGCCUCCGACUUCACCACGCCAGGCGAGUCGCAGCAGCUGGACCUGGAGGGCCCGCUGUACGUGGGCGGGCUGGGCCCUGCAACGGCGGCGGUGCCUGUGCCGCCGGCGCUGUGGACGGGCGCGCUGCGCCGCGGCUUCGUGGGCUGCCUGCGCGACCUGGUGCUCAACGGGAACGCCGUCGACGUCGCCGGAUACGCGCGACACCAGGACUCCGGCGCGAUCCGGCCGUCGUGCCACGCGCAGGAGGCGCAGUGCAGCUCGCAGCCGUGCCUGCACGGCGGCGCCUGCUCCGAGGGCUGGAACCGCUUCAUCUGCGACUGCUCGGCCACCAGCUUCACGGGGCCCACCUGCGGCAAAGAGGCGACGACGCUGACGUUCAACGGCAGCCAGUCGGUGACGCUGACGGCGGCGGGCGAGGAGUGGCGCUGGCAGACGGAGGAGGUGUGGCUGCGCUUCCGUACGGCGCGGCCGCUGGGGCUGCUGCUGGCCACGGCCGCCGACGCCUCGCACGACCGCCUCGAGCUCAGCCUGCUGGCCGGCCGGCUGCGGCUCGCGCUGCGCGUCGCCGACCGCGAGAAGGUGGUGGUGGCCGGCCAGGGCCUGAACGACAACCAGUGGCACACGGUGCGCUACUCGCGGCGCGCCACCAGCCUCAAGCUGCAGGUCGACGGCGACGCGCCUGUCAGAGCGGAGGCGGCGCUGGGGCGCGGAGCGGUGCUGGAGGUGCGCGCCGUGCACGUGGGGGCGGUGGCGGCGGCCAGCGCGCAGGCGGCGGUCGAGGAGGCGGCAGCCGGGGGCGGCGGCCCGGCGGGCUUCGUGGGCGCCAUGCAGCAGCUGUCGGUGAACGGCCGCCGCUACUUCGAGGUGGCGCGGGCGGCGGGUGGCGCCGUCGCCGCCCCCGGCUCGCACAGCCCCCGCAUCCGCGUGACCGCCGCCUUCGGCAAGCGCGACCCACAGCUCGUGCACAACCCCGUCACCUUCCGCUCCAAGCACACCUUCGUCGGCCUGCCCGUGCUCAAGGCCUACUCCGCCACCAACAUCUACUUCCAGCUGAAGACGCGCGAGGCGAACGGGCUGCUGCUGUACAACGGCGGGCGCGGGCACGACUUUGUGGCGGUGGAGCUGGUCAGCGGGCACCUGCACUACGUGUUCAACCUAGGCGACGGCGCCGUGCGCGUGCGCGACAACGCGCGCGCCCCGCUCAACGACAACCGCUGGCACGCCGUCACCAUCGGCAGGCCGAGCGCGCGCCAGCACUCGCUCAUGGUCGACGACAGCUUCGCCAUCGUCACCAGCCUCGGCACCAACGAGAACCUCGACCUCGCCGGCAUCCUCUACCUCGGUGGUGUCCGAAAGGAUAUGUAUGCGAGUCUUCCAAAGCAAGUAACAUCAAAACAAGGCUUCCAAGGAUGCUUGGCUAGUUUGGACCUAAAUGGAGAGUCACCAAGUCUCCUGCUUGAUGCUGUAGUGCCAAGUACUCAAGUUGCAUUGGGCUGUGAAGGUUCCAGCAAGUGCAGUCACAAUGUAUGUGCCAACAGAGGAGUAUGCGUGCAGCAGUGGAACUUUUAUGCAUGUGACUGUGAUAUGACAUCCUAUACAGGACCCACGUGUUCAGAUGAAUCUGUAGCCUUUGAGUGGGGACCAGAUCGAGGACUUCUGACAUUCCAAUACCCUGAAGGCCACAGACCCGAAAUGAAGAGUGAUGUGUUGGCUCUAGGGUUUAUCACGGGCCAGGAGGAUGCAGUGCUACUACGUGUGGAUAGUGGAACAUCCAAUGACUACAUGGAGCUCGAAAUUGUUGAGGGAAACAUAUUUAUGGUCUACAACAUGGGGACAAAUGAUCAUCCUAUUGGUGAAAUUGGAGUGAAAGUGAAUGACAAUCAGUACCAUGUGGUCCGAUUCACAAGGUCAGGAGCUAACUCAACAAUUCAAGUUGAUGAUUACAACAUUCAGACUAACCAUCCAGCCGGACAUCAACUAACAGUGUUCAACAGUCAAUCAAAAGUGCAAGUUGGGGGGAAAUGGAAUAAUUACACUAAAAGGAUUGAGCGGCCAUUCUCUGGAGUGAUGGCAGGAAUAGUUUUCAAUGGCUUGCGCAUUCUGGACCUGGCAGCAGAAGGAGAUGUGCGCACUACACUACGGGGAGACAUGCGGCAGCUCACUGGGGGCCUACAUGAACAAAUGCGAGAAAAUCCACUCCUCCAACGUAUGCAGCAGACACCAGCAUCUGGACAUCCCGGAGUGAUGGAUGACCUUGUGUUCUCUGGUGCUGGGUCCGGAUGUAAUGCUGAUGAUGAGGAUGAGUGCGAGCAAGUGUUUGAUCAUGGUUCAGGAGAUGACCUCAUCACGCCAGUGUAUGUGCCGCCCACCCGACCCCCCACCACCGUGACCCCCAAGUCACAGCAGAAUGGCCGAGGACUAGCGACGGGUAAGCCCUGUGACGACGAGGACUGCUUCACCGGCUCGGGGUCAGGUGAGGUGUCCACAGAAGAUAAUACGUCCACUUCUCAUGCUGCGAAAGAAACGCCGGCAGCAAACGACGUGGACAACCUGACAGGCAGCACGUCCAGCCCUGAUCCCCACUCAAAGCCCCAACCUGAUGCAGGAUCAGCCAUCUCUCGAGCUGCUGAGAAUACGAUGGUCAUCAUUGCGUCGAUUGUUGGUUUGCUCGUCUUGCUCUGUCUGCUGCUGCUGCUCAUCCUCAGAAUUAAGGGACACAACAGGCACUCAGAUGGAAAAUAUGUGGUCAGGCAAAGUGACAGUUUCCACAAAUCCACAGGACCCAAUGCUGCUCUUCUGGCAGCAGCAGAAGUAGGAGAGCAGUAUCCAGAAAGUGUUAUUAACAUAAAAGACAAGGACAAAGAUGGGUUUAAGGAGUGGUAUGUCUGAAAAUGUAACAGAGUGCCUCGAUUUGUAACCUACAUGAAAAUUUCUUCCAAAGACGAAUGGUUUUGAAGUGAAUAAAAUUUCAAACUUCAUUUUAGAAUCAAUUUGCUAUUACAUGCUGUGGCAACAUAUGCUGCAGUCCACAAAAAUAUAAAUGGUGCUACAAGAUAUGAACUGUGAUGACAAGACAUAUAUUUUGCAUUAAUCAGAUAAAAUAAUAAGUUAUCAUUUAUACUUUGUAUUUGCAAAGCAUGAAGAUGAAAUGUUGCUUAUUCAUUGUUAUAUUACAUAAUAAAUAGCUUCUAUAAUGAACUGUUAGUGCACAAACUGUAUAAGAAAAACACAUAUAUAAACAGCUAAAUCAAUAUGAAACUGAGCUUACUGAUUCGAGGGUGGUUGCCAGAUCUUAUCACAACAAACACCUUUCUCACAAAUAUCACUAAAUCCACUAUGUCAUAUGUGUUUCUGCAACUGCAUGCAACAAAACAUUUAACAUCAGUACUGUUGUUUUAAAUUUAAAUACAAAGAUUUAUUUCACACAAAGUAUAAGUUUCAGGAAUUGCUUACAAAUAACAAUGUCUCCUUUGUUCGAAUUACACAUGACAUGUAUUACAGUCACUAAAAAUUAUUUUAUAACUGUCAAUACUGACAGUUAAAAACAAUACAGUGUUGAUAUGCUAAAUACAGCUGCAAUUUGUGUGUUGCAUAUAAACUCAUGAAAGGGUUAUAAUAUUCCCUUCCAUCCAAGAACACACUGAAAAUUGAGUGUCAGCAGCAUAAAAACCUGUGAUGUCUGCAUGCAUUUUUAAGACAAAGAGGAGUACACAGAAUAUCACAAAACUCAGUGCAUGGUCUGUAACAAUGCUUGUAUUUUCAAACAAACAUUUUUAAAAGAAUUAAUUGAACCAGGAAGAAAAGAGAAACUACAACAUUAGAAAUACCUUAUCGAUUACUAAUCAUAUUCAAAAUGCACAUUUAAGAUUUUUUAUAAUAGUUACAUCAAAAGGAAAGUAAAUAUUGAUUAUAUGGAGAAUUAUUUUAUCCUAAUACUUUUUUUUGUAUUUUAUGUCAUCUGAUAAAGUGCACUUUCAUUGUGCACUAAUAUCACCACUAAUUACUAGAAAUCUGUACAAGACACUUUUGCAAAAUAUUUUAAUAGUAACUUGAGAGAGGCUGUGCAUACCUUCUGCAUGUACAUAAAUAACAUAUGGAUGUUGCACAAAGAAUGUUUAACUGACAUCAGGCUCUCAUGUGCUUCCAGUGUUACUUGAUUAAACCCAAAGAUAUUUAGUUUAGUACCAUACUACCUUUGUACAAAUGUAACAAUCUGAAAGUGAAUGAAAACUCAAACUGUAUAAAGCACUGCACUGCAUGUGGUAAAUAUUAUGUCACUAUCCCUUGCACCAUUAAGCAUGUGCAUGGAAUUUGUUCCCAAAACUGUUUAUUUGUAUAGUAAAUUGUGGCAGUAUUGUAAAGCAAUGGUACUUUUGAGUCUUUGUGUUGUUUCCUAAUAUAUCACACAUUUAUAUCUUGCAUUUCAACACCAACUGAAAAUAGUGGUGAUGGUACAAAAGACAAAUUGUGUUCAGAAUAGCAAUACAAACAAUUAAUUAAUUAAUGAAGCCUGUUAUUACCACCACUACAAUGCAGUUAAGUAAUACUGCAACACACUUUUUUAUAAAGUGUUCCUUACCAAACCAAAAAAAUCCACACAGCUUGCAGAUAUAGAUGUGAAAUACAAAUGUAUUCUUGUUACUUAGUGCCUUUCUAUUAGUAAUAUUUUGUGUCUCAGUUCAAGUAACACAAUAAACUUCAAGGUGUUAUAUGUCACAA